GAGAGAGAGGGAGAGGGGAAAGGGUAGGAGGAGGUGGGGGAGCGCGCAGCUAAAGAGAGAGGAAGGCAGAGCUUGGAAACUCAACACACAACAGACAAAACUUUUUAUUCUCUGUAUCUGUUUGUUUUCUUUUUCAUUCACAACACAUUUUAAGGCUUGAACGGAACCUGCAGAGUGAUGGAUGGACGGUUCGCUCAAAGAGGCUAGCGCUGGCUUUACAAAAAUAAGAAAGAAAACACACACACACACACACAAUGCCCGAGAAAAGUAUAAGCUUAUCUGAAGAAAGCCCGCAAAAAACAAAGAGCUGACUGAAUAAAGGAAUAGAGGCGAAAAAGAAGACAAAUUUCGAUACCAAAAGGGAAUAAAAGAAACUUGCUAAUAGGAACCGGUGAGGCUGAUGCGGCCAGAGAAGGAGUCACGUUACAAAAAAUGAGUGUGAGGAGCGCAGGCACCGCUGCAGAGCCCGUCCAGCUGGGAGAGGUGUGUGGUGAGGAUGGGAGUUGCUAACACAAUGACACCUGGAAGGGAGGUGUUGGUGAGCAACAGUCCUGAAAAUAAUAUUCACAAGUCUUUGGACAGGCUUCAGCUUUGUGGAUCCAAAAAAGAGAACAUAUUAACUACAGUUGUACCUAAUCCUGGCCUCAGGUUGGGAGGGGACACUAAGACCCCUUUCACCUCUUUGGAGAAUCUGAUUGAUUACCUGGGGUGUGACACCAUGCUGACACAGAAGUGGAUGAGUGCAGAGCCACAAAACAACGAAAAUGGCCUGACUGAUACCAAUAAGUUGUCCAGCAAUGGACAGGUUAGCAUUAAGAGCAAAGCCAGUAUAAGGGAGAAGAUCUCUCAGUGGGAGGGAAAAAAAGCAUCGCCCUCUCCGCUGCUGAGCCGGAAAGAAACGGACAUCUCCAAAAAAGAGGAGGUAAAAAAUGCUGAAGUACAGAGAAGUGACAGCAAAAGAUUUGUGGCCUGGGAAAAGCAGGGAAUUGGGAAGGAAAAUGCAGGAGAAAAUGAGGAUUUCCCACCUAAAGCAAUGGAAAUAUCUGUAAAAGAGAAGGAAGGGAAAAUUGAUAAAUGUAGCUUUGCAAAAUCACAAGAUAAGGUUCGAGACAAUAAGUUUGUUCUGGCUCAUAUCAAAAAACUGGAGCAAGCCAUGAAAGAAGGACCAAAUAUUCCCCAAUUGGACUUGCCAGGCAAUUAUUUUGUUUCUCCUGCUAAAGACACAGGCGAAAAUGAACGGAAAAUAAAGGAGCCUAUUUUUGGGACCCUGGAUAUAGUACGGUCCAGUCCCAGAAGCAAAAAUCAGGAAAAUGUAUACACUGAGCCAGGGACACCUUCCAUAAAUCCACUUCCUAAACCCCAACGUACUUUUCAGCAUGACGGACAAGGGGCACCCUCCAGCUCCAUCCAAUUGCUUGGGAAGGGUAAAAGAAAUCUACCUCCUUUGCCUUCCAUUCCUCCUCCACCUCUUCCAACUUGCCCUCCACCAAGUGUUAGUAGGAGGGCCUUGGCAGACAAGCUCAGAAACAAUUCCAGCAAUAGGAAAUCCUAUGAGUUUGAGGAUGUCCUUCAGUCUUCAGCCGAGGGCUGCCGUGUAGAUUGGUAUGCCCAAUCCAAGCUUACUCUCACACGCACUUUAUCAGAAGAGAAUGUCUACGAAGACAUUUUAGAUCCACCAUGUAAAGAGAAUCCUUAUGAAGAUAUUGACACAGAAGGUCGCUGUCUCGGAAAUAAGUGUGCUUUGCCAUCGUCUCCUCCUUCUUCUGCACCAGAGACCCCAACCAAGCUUUCUAAACCUGGAUUUUUCCGUCAAAACUCUGAGCGCCGCAGCUUCAAGUUGCUGGAAUUGCGGAAGGCAAAUAAGGAAACUGGUGGCAGUUCCCCGUUGAAAGCCAGUCCACCCUCUACCCCUAGCAGUCCUGAUGACACUCCUUGCCUGUCAGGGGACCCCAACAAUCGACGCCGGAAAAAGAUACCAAAGCUGGUGCUCAAGAUUAAUGGGAUAUAUGAGGCACGCAGUGGAAAGAAACGCAUGAAAAGAGUUUCUCAGUCCACAGACUCCAGCUCAGGGAGAGUUACAGAUGAAAACAGUGAAUCUGAGAGUGACACAGAAGAAAGGCUAAGAGCUCAUAGCCAACGUCUGGUACACGUGCAGUCCUUGUUGAAGCAUAGUAGCCGCUACCGCACCCUAGAGAGGGACCUUAAUGAGCUACAAGAACGAAAACUUUUUGAGUAUUUUUUGGUGGUUGCACUGCAAAAGAAGCAAGCUGGGUUACCAUAUGUUCCAGAGGUCACACAGCAAUUUCCACUAAAGCUGGAGCGAUGUUUUAAGUUCCUAAGAGAAACAGAAGAUCAGCUUAAAGUUAUUCCCCAAUUCUGCUUCCCAGAUGCCAAAGACUGGGUGCCAGUGGAAAAAUUCCCUAGUGAAACAUUUUCCUUUGUCCUCACUGGUGAAGAUGGAAGCAGAAGAUUUGGUUAUUGUCGCCGCUUACUGCCCAGUGGAAAGGGAAGACGACUUCCUGAGGUCUACUGUAUUGUGAGCCGUUUGGGAUGCUUUGACCUCUUCUCAAAGAUCCUUGAUGAGGUAGAAAAACGGAGGGCAAUAUCUCCAGCUCUUGUGCAGCCAUUUAUGAGAAGCAUAAUGGAAGCUCCAUUUCCUGCUCCUGGCAGAACCAUAACUGUCAAAAACUUCCUCCCAGGCUCUGGAACUGAGGUUAUUGAGCUUUGCCGACCCUUGGACUCUCGAUUAGAGCAUGUGGAUUUUGAAUGUUUGUUCUCCUCGUUGCAUGUCAGACUACUGGUGCGAGUAUUUGCUUCCUUACUGCUGGAAAGGAGAGUAAUCUUCACUGCUGAUAAGCUAAGCACCCUUUCUCAGUGUUGCCAUGCUGUUGUCGCCCUUUUGUAUCCCUUUGCCUGGCAACACACCUAUAUUCCAGUGCUGCCUCCUUCCAUGAUAGAUAUUGUCUGUACGCCAACUCCUUUCAUUGUGGGACUGCUGUCCAACUCUCUUCCACGCCUGAAAGAGCUUCCAAUUGAGGAGGUUCUGGUGGUUGACCUUUGUAACAACAGAUUCCUCAGACAGAUGGAAGAUGAAGACUCAAUAUUGCCCCAUAAACUGCAAGCAGCACUAGAACAUGUUCUUGAGAAAAGGAAAGAUUUAGCUAAUGAGAAUGAUUCAAACUCUCUCAGUGUAGUUGUGUCAGAGGCCUUUGUGAGGUUCUUUGUGGAGAUGGUGGGACAUUACUCGCUUUUUCUGGUGCCAGGGGAGCGUGAAGAUGAAAGUUUUGCUUUCCAGCGCGAUGCAUUCCGCAAGGCUGUUUACUCCAAAAGUCUCCGUCGUUUUUUAGAGGUUUUCAUGGAAACUCAGAUGUUUGCUGGCUUUAUUCAGGAACGGGAACAUCGUCGACAGGGAGUUCGUGGUUUGUUUGAAGUAAGGGCACAGGAUUUCCUAGAUUCUCUUCCUGGAAGUGAACAAAGUGGUGUUAAUAAAUUUCUCCGAGGUUUAGGUCACAAAAUGAAAUUUCUGUCAAAAAAAUAAGAACAUCAAAUGCACAUUCCAUGAAGAAAUAGAAGUGAAUUCGGAAAACUGGGAACUUUUCAUAACUUGCAUUUGUAAUGCUAAAUGGAAGAAAAAAACAAUGUAAAAAACCAAUGUUGUGCUCAUUGAGAAAACUUGAAAUGAUGGAACGUUACAACUGAAGUCUGGAUGCUCUUGAAUUGCGCUUCUUUAUCUUCAAUAUUCCUGCAAGACCUUUCUUUCAGAAUUUGAAAAACCCUGGAGCGUCCUUUUGAAAUAUCUUCAUCUUGAAACACAUUUUAGUUGAUCUUCUCCUGUCUGGCAUUGUUCUUCAGGUUGCAGUCUGUAAAGUUUAAAAAAUUAUUUGCUCCCCCUCUUUUCAGCAUCUUUAUUAGACUAUUGCAAAAUGUUUGCAGGGUUGACUUUCUUUGAGGUUCAGAGACUAUCUGGUGGUCUCUCAUUGAGAUCGUCUUUUGGGUGCUACUGUUUUUGAGUCUGAGUGGUGCAGGAAUAGAAUUGCUGCCUCAUACAUCCAGCAUCAGAGAUUCAAUGUGUCUGUGUUGUUUACCCUCUGGUGUCCUAGUUUUGCUCCAACUUCAUCAGUUAUUCACAUUUCAUUUUAAUCUGUGAUUCCAGUUUAGCCUUUCUGUAUGUAAAUGGUCCAUAUGAUAGACUAGCACCCUGUUUGGAGCUAGUUCUUAUUUUGCACCUUGUGCUGCCAGGAUAGGCUUUGGCCCUCUGCCCCAUAAAAUUAGAUUAAGAAGUUCAGGCAAUGGUAUCUAUGCUAUUUUUAAGCCUGACUGACUGUUUGGAUGCACCUUCCUAAAGGUUUAUCUGUCCAGCGUGAUGUUGUCCUUGUGUUCCUCAUUGUGUUUGGAUAAUUUGGUGUUUGGUAGACUCUGACUGAACAUGUCUGUCCCAGCAAUCUGUGAAGUUGUUUUGGUACUUGCAGUCCAUGUGUCUUCUUAUGUUUCAAGGUGUCUUCUUGGAUGCUUCUCUGUGAUGGGGUCUGCUUGAUUCAUUAUGAACAUGCCGCCUUUUGGUGCUCCCAUCUGGAGAUGUCUGAGUGUAUUGUUGUGGAGGUGUAGGUCUGGACAUUUUAAUUCUCUGUUGUUUGUUUCAGUAUGACUGUUUGUGAGGAUAAGUGCGUCCGGUGUGUUGGGUCCUUUUUGUUGGUCAGAGGGCACCUAGUUGUUUGUUUUUUUGGAUAGUCUGAGAGCCUUUCACAAUUCUGUACUAUAAAGUUUCAUUUCUUAUGGCCCAGGAUAGCCUAUGUGUUUAAAUUGAUUAUAACCAUUUCUUAUCUUUUUAAGAAUUUUCCAUUUUUUCUUUUUUUAAAGAAAUACAACUGUAAAUGUUUGUUUGGGUAAUGUAACAUUUGUCACUACUUUAAAAACUGUUAAAUUAUUCUGUUCAAAAAAAUAGUUGUUGCUAUCAGAAUUUAUGAAACAUAUAAACCUACAACCUUGAACUAUUUUGCCAGUGAAGAAGGAACAACAAUACAGUUAUGGAUUUAAAAGUUUUUAUUGCAUAUUUUUAGACCACUAUUAACAGCCAAAGGACUGGACUUGUAUGGACUUCCAGGAAUCUGGAGAGCUUAUGUAUCUAUGCCCAGAUUAGAAUAUUAAUCAAAAAAAAAGAAAAUGAGAGGUUGUGAAGAACAUUCUUGAUGGAAGUGCGAGAGCAGCACAGCAGCUGAAGUUGAAUGUGUUCAUUUUUCUGGAAGCCGACUGAAGGAAUACUAAAUAUGGAGCCCUCUGCUUCAGAGCGCAUCAGGAAGGAAUCUGCACUGUGGACUUGGGGGGACUGAAAGCAUAAGCAAGGAUGCCCAUUCUGUAAAUUGCUCUGCUUUUGAGAGCUUUGAUGUAUUUUGUCAUUUUGUAUUAUUAUUAAUUGUUAUUAUUAUUAUUAUUAUUUGGAACAUGGGUGACUUUCCUUUUAUGAAACCAAGUGAAAAAGGUGAAAGACCACUAAGCUUUCUUUAUUUUUUAACUUUAAAGUCAAUAAGCUGUAAUAAAUAAAGCAUUUAAGGUAGUCUUGAA